CCCGCCGCGGCUGCAGCGGCGGCGCCGAGGCCGGAGGAGCAGCCGUCGCCCCCACCUCCCGGGACUCGGAACUCAGCGGCUCGGAGCCAUGGCCUCGGCCACCGCGGAGGCGGAGACCCGGCAGAGGCUGCUACGCACCGUCAAGAAGGAGGUGAAGCAGAUCAUGGAGGAGGCUGUGACACGCAAGUUUGUCCACGAAGACAGCAGCCACAUCAUCUCCUUCUGUGCGGCUGUGGAGGCUUGCGUCCUGCAUGGGCUUCGGCGGCGGGCGGCCGGCUUCCUACGCAGCAACAAGAUCGCAGCUCUCUUUAUGAAAGUGGGCAAGAGCUUCCCACCGGCUGAGGAUCUGAGCCGCAAGGUGCAAGACCUGGAGCAGCUGAUCGAGAGCGCGAGAAACCAGAUCCAGGGCCUCCAGGAGAAUGUGCGGAAGCUGCCAAAGCUGCCCAACUUGUCCCCACUUGCCAUCAAGCAUCUGUGGAUUCGCACGGCCUUGUUUGAGAAGGUCCUGGACAAAAUCGUGCAUUACCUUGUGGAAAACAGCAGCAAAUACUAUGAGAAGGAAGCUCUCCUGAUGGACCCUGUGGAUGGCCCCAUCCUUGCGUCUUUGUUGGUGGGGCCCUGUGCCCUAGAAUACACCAAGAUGAAGACUGCAGAUCACUUCUGGACCGACCCCUCGGCUGAUGAACUUGUCCAGAGGCACCGCAUUCACAGCUCCCACGUGCGUCAGGACUCGCCCACCAAGCGUCCUGCCCUCUGUAUCCAGAAGAGGCAUUCCAGUGGCAGCAUGGACGACCGGCCAUCUCUCUCUGCCCGCGACUACGUGGAGUCCCUGCAUCAGAACUCCCGUGCCACCCUGCUCUAUGGCAAAAACAACGUGCUGGUUCAGCCGAGGGACGACAUGGAGGCUGUGCCAGGGUACCUGUCCCUGCACCAGACGGCUGAUGUCAUGACCUUGAAGUGGACACCCAACCAGCUGAUGAACGGGUCUGUGGGGGACCUGGACUAUGAGAAGAGCGUCUACUGGGACUAUGCCAUGACCAUCCGCCUGGAGGAGAUUGUCUACCUGCACUGCCACCAGCAAGUGGACAGCGGCGGGACGGUGGUAUUGGUCAGCCAGGACGGGAUCCAGAGGCCGCCCUUCCGCUUCCCCAAGGGUGGGCACCUCCUGCAGUUCCUCUCGUGCCUGGAGAAUGGGCUGCUUCCUCAUGGGCAAUUGGACCCGCCACUGUGGUCUCAGCGGGGGAAGGGCAAAGUGUUUCCUAAACUGCGCAAGCGAAGCCCUCAGAGUUCUGCCGAGUCCACAUCUUCAGACAAAGACGAUGACGAGGCCACGGAUUACGUGUUCAGGAUCAUCUACCCUGGCAUGCAGUCAGAAUUCGUCCCCCAGGAUCUGAUGGAUGUCUCUGUGAGCAAUCUCCCGUCCCUAUGGCAACCCAGUCCCCGGAAGUCCUCCUGUUCAUCCUGUUCACAGAGUGGCUCGGCUGAUGGUAGCUCAACCAAUGGCUGCAACCAUGAGAGGGCUCCCCUGAAACUUCUCUGUGACAAUAUGAAGUACCAGAUCCUCUCCAGAGCCUUCUAUGGAUGGCUGGCCUACUGCAGGCAUCUGUCCACCGUGAGGACCCACCUGUCAGCCCUGGUCAAUCACAGGAUCGUGUCUCAGAACUUGCCCUGCGAUGCUGGACAGGGGCUGACAGCCGGGAUCUGGGAGCAGCACCUUCAGGAUAGCACAAGUUACGAGGAGCAGGAGCUGCUGCGCCUCAUCUACUAUGGGGGCAUCCAGCCUGAGAUCCGCAAGGCUGUGUGGCCCUUCCUCCUGGGCCACUACCAGUUCGGGAUGACGGAAACAGAAAGGAAAGAGUCCUCUCAGAGCUGCAGUUCGGGCCACCAGAACAUCCGCCUACACAGUGACUCCAGCAGCAGCACACAGGUGUUUGAGUCUGUGGAUGAGGUGGAGCAGGUGGAGGCUGAAGGCAGAUCGGAGGAGAAACAGCCCAAGAUCCCCAAUGGGAACCUAGUGAACGGCACCUGUUCCCCAGACUCGGGUCAUCCUUCCUCUCAGAACUUCUCUUCGGGCUUCUCAGAGCACUCAGAGCCCAGUCUGAGCACAGAAGACAGUGUCCUGGACGCCCAGCGGAACACUCCCCCGGUGCUGCGCCCUGGGGAUGGCAGUGUGGAUGACAGGCAGAGCAGCGAGGCCACCACAUCCCAGGAUGAGGCCCCCCGGGAGGCGCUGGCCGUGCAGGACAGCCUGGAGAGCGACUUCCUGGCCAACGAGAGCAUGGAUGAGUUCAUGUCCAUCACAGGCAGCAUGGACGUGACCCUGCCUGAAAAGGACGAUGUCAUGGAGAGCUGGAGGGGCAGUGAGGCAGAGAAACAUGGCCAGGCGGACAGCGAGGACAACCUCUCGGAGGAGCCCGAGAUGGAGAGUCUCUUCCCUGCCCUGGCUUCUCUGGCUGUGACUACUUCUGCCAAUGAGGUGUCCCCUGUGUCUUCCAGCGGUGUCACCUACUCUCCAGAGCUGCUGGACCUGUACACGGUGAACCUGCACCGCAUUGAGAAGGAUGUGCAGAGGUGUGACCGCAACUACUGGUACUUCACGCCCGCCAACUUGGAGAAGCUGCGUAACAUCAUGUGCAGUUACAUCUGGCAACACAUUGAGAUUGGCUAUGUCCAGGGAAUGUGUGAUCUUUUGGCUCCACUGCUGGUCAUUCUGGAUGAUGAGGCCCUUGCCUUCAGCUGCUUCACGGAACUCAUGAAGAGGAUGAACCAGAACUUCCCCCACGGAGGCGCCAUGGACACGCACUUUGCAAACAUGAGGUCCUUGAUCCAGAUCCUGGACUCAGAGUUGUUCGAGCUGAUGCAUCAGAACGGGGACUACACUCACUUCUACUUCUGCUACCGCUGGUUCCUGCUGGAUUUCAAGCGAGAACUCGUCUAUGAUGACGUCUUCCUGGUCUGGGAGACCAUCUGGGCAGCCAAACAUGUCUCCUCUGCGCACUACGUCCUGUUCAUCGCGCUGGCUCUGGUGGAAGUCUACCGCGACAUCAUUUUGGAGAACAACAUGGAUUUCACAGACAUCAUCAAAUUCUUUAAUGAAAUGGCUGAACGACACAACACCAAACAAGUCCUGAAGCUGGCGCGGGACCUCGUGUACAAGGUGCAGACUCUGAUCGAGAACAAGUGAGGGGCACCUCACCCAGGCAGCCUCCGCCGAGCUGCCACCUGUUCCUCUGCUUACUUUUCCUCCUGGCCGGACGGCCACCCCAGGAGCGGGGUCCUGGUGUCUGUUCACAAGCAUGGACUUCAGUGCAAAAAGAAACUACCCUGACUUUCACUUCUGGGCAGAUGGGGUAGAGGGAGUACCCCUUCAAUUCAGCCUUACGUUUUCCUGUUUGACCAAAGAUUGCCCAAGUCUGGCAUUCCCCCCUUACAGGAGGUGGGGCUUGUUGUUGGGGGAGGACCCAUCUUUGUUUUCCUGAUGUCCAGAAUGACCUCCUCUUCUUCUUUCCCUAUUCCUCCAAACCGUCUUGUGAGAUGAGACCUGGGAGGGCAUUUCUUUUUGGAAAUCGAUGUAGAAGAGGUCUGUGGGGCUGCCUCUAUGCUGCUUUGCAAGGGGCAUUUGGAGAUGUUCUGGCCAUGCUAAAGAUUGACUUAAAGAUGGACCCUCCACCUCCACAUUGCUGAUAUUUGGGACCAGAUGAUUCUUUUUGAAGGGACUGUCCCCUGCAUUGGAGGAUGCUGAGCAGCAUUCCUGGCGUCACCAGAUGCCAGUAGCAUCAUUCCCUACCCACACCCCCAGUUGUGACAACCCCCAAAAAUGUCUCUAGAUAUUGCCAAGUGUUCCCUGCAGGCAAAAUUGCCCCUAUUUGAGAACCACCGACUUGGAGGAGGGGCUACAAAUGUACUUCCUGCCCCAUUCUUCUGAUGCUAAGCCACCCUGGUCCUGAGGCCUCCCUCACUUAGAAAAGGCACACAGGAGGCCGGGCAUGGUGGCUCAUGCCUGUAACCCCAGCACUUUGAGAGGCCAAGGUGGGCGGAUCAUGAGGUCAGAUGUUUGAGACCAGCCUGGCCAAUGUAGU